UAUCUACCUUACGUGGCAGAGGAUAGUUUGUGAACGAAGUGUUGGCAAUUGGAUGUUAAAUUCAUUAUUGACUUGAAAGCUUUUGAUGAGGUGCCUCGCAAGAGAUUAAUUGCUGUAUAUGCAUGAAGAAAACAAGAUGAACCCUCAGUAUGUUGGACCACCACAGCAGUUCACACCUCAACAAAUGCCAGAUCAAAGCUCAUCAUAUGUACCAGCAUCUUCUCCUAAUGUGUACAAUGGUCUAAAUAACCAACCAGGAGCAAUACCUGAGUAUGGAAUGCCUCUUACUGGAAAGCCUUUGCCAUAUCAAAAUUAUGGUGUUUCAUCUACCUACAGUCAAAAUGGUUUAAUGCCACAAGGGCAGCAACAACCUUCACAUUCAGGAACUCUGAUACCAAAGCCCAUAGCUAUGACAGUACCAGAACCACAGUUUCCUUACCAAGGUCCAGCACCUUUAGUCUCUGACCAGGUAACUCGACAAGUUGGUGAACUAAGUAUUGGACCAUCAAAUCUUCAGAGGCCGCCAUCAAGUGUAGCAGCAUCUCAAGGAAUGGUUUCAUCACAAAGGCAAGGAAUUGGAGGACCUCAACCAUCUUUUGCUGUUGGCCCACCACCACCUCGACAGAUUACUCCUGGCCCAUCACAUAGAUUUCCUGCUACUCUUGCUUCUCAGCAUACACUAAGUGGUAGCAGUUUUCCAGCUUCUUAUAGUUAUUCAGCCCAGUAUGGUCAACCACCAAGGUCUUAUGCUCCUCCAAACCCAGUGGCUCCUGUGGCACCUCCUCAGCUCUCAAGUACACAAUAUUCUCCUCUGGUGGGAGCUGGUCAGCCUGUUGGGCCAGGUGUUUCAUCGUCUUCUAGCAUGCUUGUUCAACCACAGAGUACACAGUAUCAUCCCAUACCAGGAAGUGGACCAUCUCUAGUACCAGGUGUACCCCCAUCUUCUGGUGCACCUCCACAGUAUCCUCCUUUUUCAGGAGCUGGUCAACCUUUGGGAUCAAGUGUUUCUUCUCUUCACCCACAACAGGGUCCUUAUCAUGGAGCUCUCCACCCUGUAGCCAGUCAGCCACUGACUUCCAUAUCAACACUUCCACCCUCUAGUCAGGUGAAUGGUCCAGUAUCAGGUGCUCCACUGACUUCAGGAGUGCCCUCCAUACAGUCUCGGUAUCCAUAUACACAAGCCUCCCAACAACAACCAGCUGCUAUACAGUCUCAGUAUCCUCCUGCUGCACCAGGAAUGCCUCAAAAUCGAAUGGGAGCUCCAGUUGCUCCUCAACAGCCUAGACGGUUAGAUCCUGAUCAGAUGCCAAGUCCGAUUCAAGUUGUAGAUGAUGACAGAAAGCAAAGAAGUGGUACAUUUUAUACAAAUACAAAAGGACAAGUUCCACCAUUAGUUACCACUGAUUUUCUUGUUCAUGACGAAGGAAACUGUAGUCCUCGUUUUGUAAGAUCCACAAUCUACAGUGUCCCUACAACAUCUGAAAUGUUGAAACAAGCAGCUGUACCUUUUGCCAUAACAAUAAGUGCAUUUGCCAAACUGAAAGAUGGAGAACAUUCUCCUCCUGUGUCUGAUUCAGGUGAGACUGGUCCAGUACGUUGUAUUAGGUGUAAAGCUUACAUGUGUCCUUUCAUGCAGUUUAUAGAUGGAGGUAGAAGAUUUCAGUGUGUCUUCUGCAAAGGAACAUCAGAAGUUCCUCCAGAAUAUUUUUCUCAUCUUGAUCACAUGGGACAGAGAACAGAUAAGUUUCAGAGACCUGAGCUGUGUCUGGGAUCAUAUGAAUAUUUAACUACAAAAGAUUACUGCAAAAAUGGAGUAUUACCUAAGCCUCCUGCAUUUAUUUUCAUGAUUGAUGUUUCAUACAACAGCAUCAGAAAUGGAAUGGUGAAGCUACUUUGUGAAAACAUGAAAGAAGUUUUGGCUUUUCUACCGAAAGAAGUAGGAGCACCAGCAUCUGUUGUUAAAGUUGGGUUUGUCACCUAUAGUAAUGUUGUUCAUUUCUACAAUGUCAAGGGAAACCUGGCCCAGCCUCAGAUGUUGGUGGUUCCAGAUGUCCAGGAAAUGUUUGUUCCACUCUUGGAUGGCUUCUUAGUGUCUGCAGAAGAGGCAGAAUCUGUAAUAGAUAGCUUAAUGGAACAAAUACCACAGAUGUUCAUGGCCACAAGAGAAACUGAGACUAUUUUAGGACCUGUAAUACAAGCAGGGCUUGAGGCACUAAAGGCUGCUGAUUGUGCUGGAAAAAUCUUCAUCUUCCAUACCACAUUGCCAAUAGCUGAUGCUCCUGGAAAGCUAAAAAAUAGAGAUGAUAGGAAGCUUCUUGGAACAGACAAAGAGAAAACUAUCCUAGCUCCCCAGUCUACCUUCUAUAACAACUUAGGCCAGGAAUGUGUCACCGCUGGGUGUUGUGUGGAUCUCUUCCUAUUCCCUAAUUCAUAUAUUGAUAUAUCUACCAUUGGUCAAGUCUGUCGCCUCAGUGGUGGACAAGUUCACAAGUACACUUAUUUCCAGGCAGAUGUUGAUGGUAGAAGGUUUCUAGAAGAUUUAAAACAUUCCCUACAAAAGACUGUUGCAUUUGAUGCAAUCAUGAGAGUUAGAACAAGCACAGGUAUAAGGCCCACAGAUUUUUAUGGCCAUUACUAUAUGUCCAAUACAACUGAUGUGGAACUGGCAGCAGUUGAUGAAGAUAAAUCAAUUAGUGUGGAAAUUAAAUAUGAUGAUAAAUUAACAGAGGAAGAUGGAGCCUAUAUCCAAGUGGCAGUAUUAUUUACUAGUUGUGGGGGCCAACGUCGGCUACGAGUACAUAACCUUGCUCUUGAAACCUGUAACCAGAUGGCAGUCCUGUAUAGAAACUGUGAACUUGACACCAUCAUGAAUUACUUUUCUAAACUAGGUCUCAGAAUGAUAAUAGAACAAACACCUAGGCAGAUGAAAGACUAUUUCAUUAAUAGAAGUGCUCAGAUUUUGGCUUCAUACAGGAAACAUUGUGCUAGUCCCUCAUCAGCUGGCCAGCUUAUUUUACCAGAGUGUAUGAAACUGCUACCAUUGUACAUCAACUGUUUAACUAAAAGUGAUGCAUUAUCAGGAGGGCCUGAUAUGUCUACAGAUGAUCGUAGUUUUGCAAUGCUGGCUGUAGCCACUAUGGAUAUCGCUUGCAGUACAGGUUAUUUGUAUCCUCGUCUAUUACCACUUCAUGAUGUUGAUCCAGACUCCACAGAGUUUCCUAAAGCUGUCAGGUGCUCUGUAGAAAAAAUCAAAGAUAAUGGUGUUUAUCUACUUGAAAAUGGUGUGCACAUGUUCUUGUGGAUAGGAAUGGCAGUAAACCCAGAUUGGCUGCAGAAUGUCUUUGGUGUCCAGACAGCAGCUAGAGUGGAUAUUGACAAGACAUCCUUGCUGGAAUUGAACACUCCUCUUUCUCUUCGCAUCCGUGAUAUUGUUGAAACUGUAAGAGAAGAAAGACAGAAAUGCAUGAGGCUGACAAUUGUUCGUCAAGGGGACAAAUUGGAGUUAGUAUUUCGUCAGUACCUAGUUGAAGACCGUGGAAGUGAUGGAAGUGCCUCUUACGUUGACUUCUUAUGCCACUUACACAAGGAAAUUCGAAGUUUGUUGUCAUGAAGAGAACUUAAAUAGAAGACUGUUGUUUGUAGUCUCAUUGUAAAUUGAAUGAUUUCUUUGUUGAUAAAUAUAAAUCUUCUCAUAACUGACUGACAUACAUCUGAUAAUAGAAAUGAUGGUGAAAAAGUUUAGUUAAGAAAAUCUGGUUACCUCCAGUCCACUCCACCUCCCCACCCCCACUUUUAUUUGGGAUUGCUGGUAAUUGGGAAUUUGUUUUAAUUCAGCUGUUGUCCUUCUUUUGUAACGUAUAUGCUUAUUAUGUGCAUCAAAUAUACUUGAUAGAUUAAGUCUACAUUAGACAAAGAUUUUAGAAAUAUAUAUAAAAGUCAGGUUUUGGGUUUCUGAAACAGACAUUUCUAGCUUAUACACACAUGAUUAUAAAAUUCAUGUGUAAAGCUGAGAUUGACUUUGGGAUUUAGGGUUAAUGCCAUGAUGCUCUUCUUACUUUUCUGAAGCAGAAUCCUUUUAAUAAGGUUAAAAGUUCAUAUGAAAUGUAUCCGAAAUCUUAAAUACAUAUUUAAUUUGAAAUUUUAAAGAUUGCCAAAUCCUGAUGGAAACUUUGUGAAAAGAUUAUACAUUAAUUUGUUUGACUGUUGAGUAGUCAAAUUUGCAUCAUACAUAAAAAAAUAAAAAAAAAAAUAAAAAAAAAUAAUAUUGAAGUAUGUUCUAGCGAAAUGCAUCAGAUUGCAAAAAAACAAAUAAGUUGAACUGCUGUGUGGGCUGUAUUUAAAACCAUGAGAAAAUAUUUUGUGCUCAAAGAAAAAACUUGUGUCAUUCUUAACUAUUUUUAAAACUAGUUAUUUAGCUACAUGACUGACUUAGAGUAAUGCUGAGUACAACAUACCUGUUGCAUUGGUCCUUAAUAAGCCAUCUAUGAAAAUGUUAUAUGAUAUAAACUACUGAAACCUACUAUGUUAAUGUUUUUAAUACAAUUUGAUAAAGUUUCAGAGAAAAGGGGUAUACUGCUCCAAGAAGUUAUUAGAUCUGUAUUCAUAUACACAAACACAUCUUGUGAUCUGAUAAUGUAAGACACUUUGAAUAGAACACUUUUUUUUUGCUCUAUUAAUUUGUUUUUGGUUUUAUUUUUUUCUAAUCUAUUGAACUUUGAUCUUACCAGAUAGCUUCUGUUGAAAUAUUAAAUACAAAAACCACUGUUAGAAAAAGCAUUUGGUUCCUAAUUACCUUUGUUCAAAGCUGUUCUGAACAAACUAUGGAAUUGAUUAAAUAGCAGCAGUGCAGAAGAUUGUAGUGUUUUCUUGCAACAGUUCUUACAUGUUUAUGGUAAUAAAUUUCCAAUAUAUUAUAA